CAGCCCUCCUCUCCUCUUUUUUUCACUCUCUCCAUCUCGGGACGUGGGGGUUGUGUGGCGUAUUGGUUAGGUAUCGUAGACUGAGGCACUGGAGAGAAAUAGUUACGUUUUAACCAGCGUGUUGGACUUUAAACACGUAUUUUCUUCAGUUGGACAGUUUCAUAAGGAAGCACAAUGUCUGGGCUUAAGUACCUGAGUGGGUUUGGGAAUGAGUUCUCCUCUGAAGACCCUCGCUGCCCAGGGUCCUUACCUGAAGGACAGAACAACCCUCAGGUGUGUCCCUAUGGCCUCUAUGCUGAACAACUCUCUGGCUCCGCCUUCACCUGCCCACGGCCAACCAAUAAGAGGAGCUGGUUAUACCGUAUCCUGCCGUCCGUCCGCCACAAGCCCUACACCGCAAUGCACUGUGGGAACCUAACAGAGAAAUGGGACGAAGUGGAACCUGACCCUAACCAGCUCCGAUGGAUGCCGUUCACCAUCCCCAAAUCCUCAGAGAAGAAAGUGGACUUUGUGACGGGUCUGCACACCCUAUGUGGAGCAGGAGACACCAAGUCCCGCAAUGGGAUCGGCAUCCACAUGUUCACCUGCAACACCUCCAUGGUUGACAGGUGUUUCAACAAUUCAGAUGGAGAUUUCCUCAUUGUGCCCCAGCAUGGUGAGAUUCUGAUCACUACAGAGUUUGGGAAGAUGAUGGUGGAACCCAACGAGAUCUGUGUCAUCCAGCAAGGGAUGCGUUUCAGUGUGGAUGUGUUCGGGGAGACCAGAGGCUACGUGUUGGAGGUGUACGGAGCCCACUUUGAGCUUCCCGACCUGGGACCCAUAGGGGCCAACGGACUGGCCAAUCCCAGGGACUUCCUGACUCCGGUAGCGUGGUAUGAGGACCGUGAGGUGGCCACAGGCUACACCGUCAUCAACAAGUAUCAGGGCAAACUGUUCUCCAGCCAACAGAGUUUCUCUCCCUUCAAUGUGGUAGCGUGGCAUGGAAACUACACACCAUACAAAUACAACCUGGAGAACUUCAUGGUCAUCAACUGUGUGGCCUUCGAUCAUGCGGAUCCUUCCAUCUUCACAGUGUUGACAGCCAAGUCCACUCGUCCAGGAGUCGCCAUGGCUGACUUUGUCAUCUUCCCCCCGCGCUGGGGAGUGGCCGACCACACCUUCAGACCCCCGUACUACCACAGGAACUGUAUGAGUGAGUUCAUGGGGCUGAUCAAGGGCCACUAUGAGGCCAAGAAGGAGGGCUUCCAGCCAGGAGGGGGCACUCUCCACAGCAUGAUGACCCCUCAUGGCCCUGACAGAGACUGCUUCGAGAAGAGCAGCACCGCUCUCCUCAAACCAGAGAGGGUGGCCGAGGGGACCAUGGCCUUCAUGUUUGAGUCGUCGUUCAGCAUGGCGGUUACUAAGUGGGGUCUGGAGACGUGUCAGAAGCUGGACAAGAGCUACUACCAGUGCUGGGAGCCGCUACGCAAACACUUUGACCCCAACUGGAGACCAAGCAAACAGUAGAGUAGAGAAGCAGAACAGUCAUUGCUUCCCCUAGAUCACUUUCAAGGCAUGGUGCAAAGGCCCAUAAAGUCAACAUCCUGGACCUCUUUAGCUUCAUACCACUAUACCGUGGCUCAAUUCAUUCUAUCACUCACAGCCUAAUAGAGUGUUUGGGUAAUUGGUGUAUGCUUGUUUUUUAAGAUUAACCGGUUCAUUGAUUUAAAAAAAAAAGGUACUAGACAAAAGUGAAUGAAUAAAAAUACCCUGGAAGACUUGUUAGCAAGUUUUCACCACUCUGCUGCUCAUGCCAUUCACAGCCCUUGUAUGUUUGUAAUGACAGGCAGACACUUCAUUUGCUUUUCAACAAUAAAGAAUGUUUUAUUCAGUUAACAAUAAUAGAUA